AUGAACGAAAAUCGUGCUUUUGCCAUUGUUAGUGCACUCCAGGAAGCACUAGAUUCAUCGUCAGAUGAUGAGGAACUCAUCAGUUUAAUUUUUUCGUCAUCCUCUAGUGAUGAAAGCGAUGGGGUUGAAGUAUAUGAGGGAGAGAGAAGAGGACCGAUGCAAAAGAGGCCUCGCAUUGAAGAGUUUGUAGAACGCACAGUGCCGGGUUUCUCCUCAGAAGAAUUUAAAUCGCAUUUUAGAAUGUUGCCAGAAACUUUCGAAUUUGUUUUGGGACAUGUUGGACCAUUGUUAAGCACAGCUGAACCUAGUUCUCGACCAUAA